UGGCGCUACUUGGUCAUUUUUAUGCCGGUGAAAUGGGCUGUGUGCUGGCCGGGCCGGGUAUGCCGCCAGCUGGGUCAAUUUUGUGAACAAUCGCCGUGUUGGCCACCGUUCUCCCUACAAUCAACUAAUAACUUGAUGGACGUUUUACUCGGAGGAACUUGGAAUAGGACUGCAAAAGAGAAACCGGGGAAUUACCAGCUGAACAAAACAGGAUGUAGCUAACUAACCGCAGACCAACAUGUCAAGUGGAACAAAAGAGACUUCUUUUUGUUAUUCGCCUCCGUGCACGAGUCUCAGCGGACUGAACUAGCUAACCAGCAGCCAAACCCGGCUAACGUUAGCUGAGUUAGCUAGCUACAUUACGGUUUCAAGCAUCCUUGCUUGCCUCUUUGUUGACUGGAUCAUAUUAACAUUUGCUCGCAAUGGCAGCAGUGGUUAGCUACUCUCCACCAUGGUGGGUGAACCUUAUACACAGACUUCCCCAUUUCAACUUCAUGUUCGAGCAAACAAGCAGUGAUUUCCGACCAGAGGACUGGACAUAUCAACAGUCGAUCCUGUUACUGGGUGGUGUGGCGCUCGCCUGUCUGGCACUGGACCUCCUGUUCCUGCUUAUCUAUUCCAUUUGUCUGUGCUGCCGGCGAAAAAAGAACGAGGAUCCGCCCGGUGCUGACUGCUGCUGCACAGCCUGGUGUGUCAUCAUUGCAACACUCGUCUGCAGCGCUGGCAUUGCUGUCGGUUUCUAUGGGAACGGCGAGACUUGUGAUGGAGUGAACCGGCUGACGUAUUCCCUGCGCCAUGCUAACCGCACAAUAACUGGGGUGGAGAAGCUGGUAUAUGACAGUACAUCCUCAUUGAACCAGACGGUAGACAACAGUCUGCAACAGCUUGAGGGCCAGUAUGCACAGCACGCAGACUACCUGUCCAUCAUCCAAAAGCUGCAGGGCCAGCUGGAUGAGCUGGUCAGACAGAUGGUGGAGAUCCCCUUCUGGGACAACACCGACAUCUCCCUGGAGGAACUGGCCGUCAAGAUUGAGCUGUUUGACUGGUACAGGUGGCUGGGCUACAUAGGCCUGCUACUGUUCGACGUCCUCAUCUGCCUUCUGGUGCUGUUUGGCCUCAUUCGCAACUCCAAGGGAACGCUUAUAGGGGUGUGCUUGUUUGGUGUAGUGGCUCUUGUAAUCAGCUGGGUCUCUCUUGGGCUGGAAUUGGCAGUGUCUGCGACCUCCAGUGACUUCUGUGCUGCCCCUGACACGUAUGUCACCAAAGUAGCAGACCAGUAUGGCGUCAUCAAUCAAGAUAUCCUGCAGCACUACCUUAGUUGCAGUUUAGAACAAACAAACCCCUUCCAACAGAAGCUCUCCGGGAGUCACAAAGCAUUAGUGGAGAUGCAGGAUGACGUGUCUGAACUGCUGCGCUCUGCCACCAGAGAGUAUAAACAAACUCAGGGAAGUUUAGAAGAGAUCCAGGGGAUACUGAACACCACAGAGAUUAGUUUACAUCAGCUCACUGCCUUGGUGGACUGUCGCAGCCUGCACAUGGACUUUGUCCAGGCAAUGACAGGGCUGUGUUAUGAUGGACUGGAAGGCCUCAUCUACCUCGUGCUCUUCUCCUUCAUCACUGCUCUUAUGUUCAGCUCGAUUGUUUGCAGUGUGCCUCACACUUGGCAAAGCAAGGGGAACGAGGAAGAUAGUGAGGAUGAGUCUCUUAGCCACGGGGGAAGGCAAAACCAUGAUAACUUGUACCGGGUCCACAUGCCCAGCCUGUACAGCUGUGGCAGUAGCUUUGGCAGCGAGACCUCCAUCCCUGCCACAGCCCACACCGUCAGCAACGCGCCUGUCACCGAGUACAUGGCUCAGAACGCCAACUUUCAGAAUUCUCGCUGUGAAAACACACCUCUGAUAGGAAGAGAGUCUCCUCCGCCCUCGUUGUAUUUGACUGCCGCGGACAGUAACAGCGGUCACAGCUGGCAGUUAAAGCCUUCGGAGAGUUCAAGAUCGUUUUGGUAACCUCAUCUGCGAUGCCAACAGUACACCUCAAGCAUGCGCGUGAAGUACCUGGCUAACAGCCCACCAGAUCCCAACAACACCCCUCCAGCACACUAAACAACACUGGACGCAUCCUGUCUGCAGCACUGAGGUCUCUGAGGUCUCUUAUCCAGUCAGUUAUUUCUCGUACCUUUUAGUCACUCCUCCUGCUUUCUUCCACCGUCUAACUUGACUUAAAAUGGGAAAACCAAUGCCUUUUUUUGCUGGUUGGUUAAAGCAAAAACCUAAGGAAUGCUGCAAAUCAUAGUCUACAUACUUUUUCUCCCCCCUCCUUGGCUGAUGUUUAUUAAUGCAAGAAGCAUCAUUGGUGCUGGGAAUUAAUCUGAUGUGAUGGAGCCUGGACUGACUUUUACACUCCAACUUAUUAUUUCUUUAAACAUGAAUGCACCGGGACAAGCACUGUGUCCCAUCUAACAUUGUUGAGGACUAAGAGUGUUGAGGACUCUGGGAGUGCUCAUAGACCAACUGAUUACGACUGGUUGUUGAUUUUGUUUUGUAAAGUACUGUACUGCCCUCUCUCGUUGCUGUGGGAGAGAGUAGAAGAAAUGCCUUACACAUAGAGGAGGUAUCAACUGUUUUCUUCCCACCUGAAGUGUAGACAUUAUUUCUCACAUAACACACUCAACGUAGAUCAAACGGUAGUCAAAUAGAUUCAUCUUACAGUGCAACAUCUCCUCAUUCUGCUUGUGGAUUUUAAAAUGCAAGUCUGCUGUUGGAGUCAACAAGAUUAUAAUUAUUCUCCAGUUAAAGUCGUCAUACUGUAUAUUACACAUGCACAGUGGCUUGUUUUAGCAUUUUGUGUGAAGUCCAAUGUCUGGGACCAGUUUUCUGCAGUGUUGCACGUCUUACAGCUCUGAAAUUGAUUUUUUUUUUUUUUCUUCUUUGGUCAUUUCCUGUGGCAUUUUACAUUGAUGAGCCCCUAUUCUACAGCAAUGACUGCAACUUGUUAAACUGUGAACUUGAUUCUGGCACAUGCUCUCAGAGGACAAAGAUGAGCUGUGUGAUGGAAAUGCAGCUGUUUGACGAGUCUCAGCAGGAUGUCGAUGACCAUGCCGGGAAAAAAAGCAUGAAACCGUAGCGAGUUUAACGAAGAAGAGACGUUUUAUACUGCUUAAAGCAGAAACUUUUUUUUUCUUUACAGCCCAUUGAAGACGAUGGUGAAGCAGCGGCAUGAUGUCUUCUGCCACAUUGUACGACAAUCUGCCUCUUCACCAGACUGUUUGUUAUUCUCCUCACGUUCCUGUUAAGUUGUAAAGCCUCAUCUCCCUGCAUCAGAACUGGGACUAGUCCACACACUCAUUAACUCUGUCCGCCAAUGAUCCUCUCCACCAGAUGCAGCAGUUUAGAGUUAGAAAAUCCUCUCACAAGAUUCUUAAUGCAAUUUUAUGUGACAUAAUGCAUAUCGCAGUAUCUUGGAGAAUUUCAAUAAGCAACUGUAUGCAUUGGCAAUGCAGUGUCUGACAAAUGUGUUUUAGCAUUUAUAACAAAGUAGAUAAGAGUGAGUGGAUGCUGUGAAGGGAUUGUGAUAACUCUGCUCUCUAUAAUCUGGAAAUUGUCAAAAGAAAACCUGCUGACUUCCUGUUGAAGCGUGACGAUCUUUCAAAUGUGGAGUGAGAUGUUUAAACUUCUGCUGCUUCAACCUGCUUCUCUUAGAUGUGCAUUGUGACCAGAAAAAAAGGUGAUUUUUGUUUGUGCCAACAAGUGAAGUUGUGCACUUUUACUAUAUGAACAUCUUUUUAAAUAUCUUUACUUGAGGCCACUUUGUAAAGUUUGCAGCUCCUGGUUGCCUGUGCAAUCAAAUGAGAAAAUGAGCCUGUAAUCAUUUAUGCUCUGGAAAACAUUAUUACACUGAUGCAAUCUUUCUGUUUUGGGGUUAUAGUCAUAUUCUCUUUGUUGUUUUUUUGUAAUGCAAGGUGGUUGUACAGAAUAUAAACAUUAACAGAAUGAAAAAAGAAAAUCUGUGGCUGAAAAUAACUGUCAGUUUUAAUUUCUGAAAAAGCUCACUCCAUUUAAUUUGCUUUUUUCAUUUUAUUUUAGAAUCCCUAGAACCCACAAUGUGUUGCUUUAUUAAUGUAAAUACAUUAGAUUAAAAAAAAAUUCUGGAAAAAAAAUCACUCUAGAUGUAAUCUUUUUUCUUUUAUACAUCAUUUUGCAAUGUUUAAAAUGUGUACAUGUAAAACUUGUGGUUAUAUUGAGCUUGAAUGCUGUGUUUUAAAAAUAAAAAUAAAAACCUUAACUGUA